AUGUCUCUUGUCACAGAAGAGAUCAAAGCCAGUGCCUCAGAGAUGUACUAUGGAGAUGAGAUCUGCCAAGAAAAAUCCAAGUUCUUGCUCACAGAAAUGGGCUUACCAAAUGGCCUCCUACCCUUGAAAGACAUAGAGGAAUGUGGGUAUGUGAAAGAGACGGGCUUUGUUUGGCUGAAACAGAAAAAGAAGUCCGAACACAGGUUUGAGAAGAUCGGAAAGCCUGUUCAGUAUGCAACUGAAGUCACAGCUUAUGUUGAGCCAAACAGGAUCAAGAAGCUGACUGGUGUCAAGACUAAGGAGUUAUUACUGUGGAUAACUCUGAGUGAAAUCUAUGUAGAUGAUCCGCCCACCGGAAAGAUAACUUUCAAGACUCCGGCAGGGCUGUUUCGGUCUUUUCCGGUGUCAGCGUUCGAGAUUGAGGAGGAUGUGAAAGAAGGCAAGGGAGUGGAGGGAGAUAAGGAAGUGAAGGGUAAGGAAGAAGUGGAGGGAGAUAAGAAAGUGAAGGGAGCUGUGGGAGUGAAGGGAAAGGAAGCUGUGGAAGUGAAGGAGGUGUAG